AUGCCCCCGUCCCUCGCGAGCGCUCCCGCGCUCGCGGCGGCGACGGCUUCCUCGUCCUCCUCCUUCUCCGCGUCGCGCGCGUCGCGCUCUCGGACGCCCGCGUCGACGUCGUCGCCGUCGAUCCUUCGACAUCUCGCCAGCCGCCGCCGCGAAGACGGCGAAGCGUCGUCGCGUCGUCGUCGCGCUCGCGGCGCGCCUCCCACCGUGCCUCGCGCGCUCGAGAACCCGUUCGCGCCCCCCGACCUCAGCGGCGACCUCCUCGCGCGCAUCGCGGAGUUCGCGCUCAGCACGAACCUGCGCGCGUUCGACGACGUCACCGCGGUCGUGGACGCGAGCGUCCUCGGCAUGCUCGGCGGACGCGUCGACGGCGUGAUCAUCACGGGCGCGAGGUGGGCGUCCAGGAAGAACCUCACGUGCGCCACCGCGCGGUUCGAGGUGGGCGCCGCGGCGAUCGACCCGAUCGCGCUCGUGACCGAGCGCGUCGUGAAGCUCCGCGAGCCCGCGCGAGGGACCGCGAAACUCGUGUUCACGACGGCGGAUUUCGGCAACUUUUUGUCGCACCCGCUCACAGUCGCCGCGCAACGGUCGCACGCGUGGCCGUCGACGCGAGCGCCCGGCGGGUUCGAGCUCGUCGGCGAGCGCGUCGCGCUGGAGGACGGCGCGGUCGUCUUCGAGGGGAGGGCGGUCGAGGGGGGCGGCGGGCGAGAGGGAGGAGGCGGGUACCGGAUCGCGAUGCGUCCGAAGCGCGCCGGCGACGGCGGCGUGGUCGUAGAGUGUCGUCGCGUUUCCGCCGCCCAACGCGAGCUUCUAAGAACGGCCCUCGUACGACGUCCCCGUGGUGGGCGGGCACGACGUCUGACGUUUCGAUCGAUCGACGGCUCGCGUCGGAGUCGCGGUCUCGUCGGCGUGCGUGCGGCGCGCGUACUGUACAGUAGUCGCGAUGUAAUAUUUAUUCUUUCGUAGCGCG